CAGGAAGCGCAACACUGACUAGAGUGAAACUGCAGACAGCUCGACCUGAACCCCCGUACCAAGACUGAGAAUAAACCAACUAGACAUCAUGUUUUGGAGGCUUUUCUUCGUGACAAUAUUACUAGCCCUCUUCGGAUCGUUGACAAGCCAGGGAUUUACGCAGGAUGAAGACUGUAGUUUAUUGAAAUCCUGUGAAGCAUGUGGAAAUGUGACUCACUGCCAGUGGAUGCAGUGUUCAGAUGAGCCAAAGUUUUUAUGUUUUAAUGGCAGUGCUGAGAACCAAACGCAAACCAGCUGCUUCAGUGUGAACUGCACCACAGGGCCGAGCCCGAGCCCGAGCCCGAGCCCGAGCCUGACCCCGAGCCUGACCCCGAGCCUGACCCCGACCCCGUCAGUGAACCCCACCACAAAUGCUACCAUCAAUGCUACCACAACAGGCCCAACCACAGCAGUUGUUCCGACUGGAAACAGCACAGUCACAAAUGUCACGUCCAUGUCUUCUACUGCUGCUCCUGCUCCUUCACCUUCUCCUUCUCCAUCUCCAUCUAAAUCAUCCACAUUUGAUGGCGCCAGUUUCAUCGGUGGAAUUGUGUUAGUCCUUGGCCUUCAAGCGGUCAUCUUUUUCCUUUACAAGUUCUGCAGAUCCAAGGAUCGCAACUACCACACCCUGUAACACGCUGUCACCUGGAGGCAACACGAAACCCACACUCCGACCCAAAAAAGAGAGACAGACACAUUGUACUUACAAUACUCUCGUAAUUCCCCAGGUUUAACCUAAUAUUUGACAUU